AUGGCCAUCAAGUCAAGUCAUGCACGUAACCUAGGCAAACGACCACUCAAAAUUGUGGAUAGCCCAAAGCCUAGGAGCGGUUCCAAGGCCAAGGCCCCGGCGAGAUCGAGUGCUGGAUCCAAGAUGAAAGCCAAGGGGCCUGGCAGCGCCAAGGAAGACUCCACGCUCAGCAACCACAAGACUGCAAGCACCAGCACGGUAGAUCCAAACGACGCCGGGGCCAAACCAACAGAAAAUGGCGGGGAUGAGCAUAGUGAAGACACCAGUAAUAGUCCCGUCGAUCAGUUACAGGCCAACCAGGAGAAGCUACUCCAGGUUCUUUCUGGAAAUUUGGAAGAUUUACCCCCGCUCAGUUCCAAAAUCGUCAGAAUAUUUACCAGCUCCACAUUUACUGACACAACCUUGGAGCGGAACAACCUGAUGGAGAAAGUGUACCCAAGACUCAAGGAUUACUGCAGGGAGAAACACGGUCUGGAGUUCCAGGUUGUGGACAUGCGAUGGGGAGUUCGAGACGAGGCGACGGAUGAUCACAUGACCACCAAUCUGUGUAUGCAGGAGAUUGAAAACUGUCAGCGAGUCUCCAUGGGUCCCAACUUCAUCGUGUUCUUGGGCCAAAAAUACGGGUACCGGCCGAUACCCGCGGAGAUUCUGGCUUCUGAGUUUGAACUUCUGAGGGACUGCACCAAACAACACCCUGAUGAGAUUAAACUGCUGGACGAUUGGUUCAAGAGAGAUGACAAUUUCGUCCCCGCUGUCUAUGUUCUCCAGCCGAUUAGUUCCAUUUUUACAAACUUCAACAACAAGCGUCACCAGCGGUUAAUGGAGAUCGACCAGGCAGCCUGGUGGGACACAAUGGGCAAGCUGACCAAGAUUAUCCGAAAAGCAGCUCAGGUUCUACUGAUUACCAAGAAAAUAGACAGAGAACAGAUGCAUAACUUUUUCAUGUCAG